AUGGUGCGAGUGCCUUGGCCAUCGACAGUCCAGUUCCCGGGCGAAAAGACUCUUUAUGAGGCAGCAACAUCCGAAUAUCUAAGACUCAACACGUGUGUUCCCGUUCGACAGGUCCUCCACUAUGACCAGGAGUCUAACAUUGGGCCAAUCCUCAUCAUUCGUCAUGUUGAGCACGGAGGCGACAUGACGGAUUCUCUUGCUGUCCAUGGACGAGACCCCGGCUUGACUCCAGCUUUGAAUCUAAGUUUGCCGGAGAGCAAGCUCAGAAGCCUGUGGGGCAAGAUGGCAUGGAUUCUGAUGGAGUUGGCGAAACCGGAAUUCCCUCGCAUUGGGUCUCUGCUAGAGGUGGAUGGAUCUUUUCAGGUUACUGGCCGGCCACUGACGCAUAACAUGAGCAGCCUGACGCAGCUUGCUCAUAUUACUCCGGCCAUCUUCACUGACGAAGGCAAAACUUUGGCAACGGCUGAUGAGUGGUACCUGGAGCUGUCCAACAUGCAUCUGGCGCAGCUGCUCUUUCAACACAACGACCUUGUCGCCAGUGAGGAUGACUGCCGGAACAAGUACGUCGCCCGCCAUCUCUUUCGCAGACUUGCCAAACAGGGCCGUCUAUCAACCUUCGGCUUCGUACAAGACAACUGGUCCACUCCUGGUUCCACGAAGAUGACGCGCCUAAGAAUUCCUGCCCCAGACGGGUCGGCGGCCUUCCGCCUCUGGUGCGACGACUUCAGGCCGACCAAUGUCCUUGUAGGCGGCUCCAGCCCUGACGGUGAGGUCGAAGUGGCUGCUGCGAUCGACUGGGAACUCACGUACGCGGCACCAACACAGUUCGUUCUCGACCCGCCCUGGUGGUUGUUGUUCGAAACGCCGGAGAUGUGGGAGCCGCCAGGCGUCGACGAGUGGAGCAAGGCGUAUGGGCUGCAACUGGAGAUAUGGCUGAAGGCUUUAGAGGAGCAGGGGAAAGGCGCUGUGUUCCUGGAUGGCGUAAAGCUCUCGGCGCACAUGAGGGAAAGUUGGGAAAGUGGUCGCUUCUGGCUGAACUACGCGGCGCGGAAAAGCUGGGCUUUUGACGCUGUCUUCUGGUCCUUGACGAGCGCUUUUUUGGCGCACGGGACUCGAAGAUGCCUGAUGAGGAGCUGUGGAAAACAAGGCUGGACCUCUUAG